AGCUUGACUUCCGGCGGCAGUGGAGGCGAUCUUCCUAGCGGCCUGGUCUUGUUUUUGUUGCGUUUUGUCGCUCUCGUGCUUCUUCGUCCCUUUUGUUUGUUUUUCGUUUUUCUUCCCACGUCCCUGUGUCGCUGGACCGUGGCGAGGGGGCGGGCGGGUUCUGCUGCGGAGCCGCCCCGGGGGCAGCCUUCGCGGAGCCAGGGCCGGUUCCCGGGAGCCGCGCGUGCACCUUCUCCUCCUCCUCCUCCUCCUCGGCGUCCCCCGGGACCAGCGCGUGGACACGGGGUGGCCUGCUCCGCUGCUCGGGGCGGCGCCCCCGGCUUGCACCUGCCAGGGGAGCUGGGGGAGGAGAACAUCAUCUGCGGUUUUACAGUGUUACCUACAGUUCUAUCCACUUCUGAGUUAUGGGCUCAGUUAUUUAAAUCUGAAGGUUUUUACAGUUUUGCCUCUUUUUUUUGGUUGAAGUAGUACAAAAUGUCAAAAAUCAGAAGGAAAGUCACAGUGGAAAAUACCAAGACUAUCUCUGACAGCACAUCCCGAAGACCCAGUGUGUUUGAGAGGCUUGGCCCAAGCACUGGCAGCACAACAGAGACACAGUGCCGUAACUGGCUGAAGACAGGCAACUGCCUUUAUGGAAACACAUGUAGGUUCGUACAUGGACCUUCACCUCGUGGUAAAGGUUAUAGCAGCAAUUAUAGAAGGUCACCAGAGAGACCCACAGGGGAUCUCAGAGAAAGAAUGAAAAAUAAGCGUCAAGAUGUGGAUGCUGAGUCCCAGAAACGGAGUGCAGAGGAGUCUUCCUCACCUGUUAGGAAAGAAUCUUCAAGGGGGAGACACAGGGAAAAAGAAGACAUAAAAAUCACAAAGGAGAGAACUCCUGAAAGUGAAGAAGAAAAUGUGGAAUGGGAAACUAAUAGAGAUGAUUCUGACAAUGGAGAUAUUAAUUAUGAUUAUGUUCAUGAGUUAUCAUUGGAAAUGAAGCGUCAGAAGAUUCAGAGGGAAUUAAUGAAACUGGAACAAGAAAACAUGGAGAAGAGAGAAGAAAUUAUCAUUAAAAAAGAGGUUUCACCAGAUGUGAUCAGAUCAAAAUUGUCUCCAUCACCCUCUCUAAGAAAGUCCAGUAAAUCUCCAAAGCGAAAAUCAAGCCCCAAAUCAUCAUCUUCAGCUAACAAAAAAGACAGGAAGACAUCGGCAGUCUCGUCUCCCCUGUUGGACCAGCAGAGGAAUUCAAAAAGCAACCAGAGUAAAAAGAAAGGACCACGUACUCCUAGUCCACCUCCUCCAAUACCAGAAGAUAUUGCUCUGGGGAAAAAAUAUAAAGAGAAGUAUAAAGUUAAAGAUAGGAUAGAAGAAAAACCAAGAGAUGGAAAGGAAAGAGGACGAGAUUUUGAAAGACAGAGAGAAAAAAGAGAUAAACCCAGGUCUACUUCCCCUUCGGGACAUCAUUCUCCUAUAUCUUCUAGACAUCACUCAUCUUCUUCACAGUCGGGAUCAUCUAUCCAAAGGCAUUCUCCUUCUCCUCGUCGGAAGCGAACUCCUUCUCCGUCGUACCAGCGGACAUUGACUCCACCUCUACGACGCUCUGCUUCCCCCUAUGCUUCACAUUCCCUGUCUUCUCCUCAGAGAAAGCAGAGUCCUCCACGACAUCGCUCCCCAAUGCGAGAAAAAGGCAGGCAUGAUCAUGAGCGAACUUCCCAGUCUCAUGAUCGGCGUCAUGAAAGAAGAGAAGUUUUUUUCCAAAAUUUUGUUACAGAUACAAGAGGCAAAAGGGAUAGAGAGAAGGACACAAGAGAAGAACGGGAGUACGAACCUGAUCAGAGCUCUUCUAGAGACCACAGAGAUGACAGAGACCCUCGAGAUGGCCGUGAUCGGAGAGAUGCCAGAGACCGAAGGGAGCUAAGAGACUCCAGAGAUAUUCGGGACUCCAGAGAGAUGCGGGAUUACAGCAGAGAAACCAAAGAGAGCCGGGAUCCUAGAGACUCUCGGUCUGCACGUGAUGCUCAUGAGUACAGAGAGCGCGAAGGGCGUGACACUCACCGGAAGGAAGACACAUACCAGGAGGAAUCCCGGAGCUAUGGUAGAAACCAUUUGAGAGAAGAGAGUUCUCGUGCUGAAAUGAGGAGUGAUUCCAGAAAUGAGCCUCGAAAUGAAAUUAGGAGUGACCGCAUGGGCAGAAGUAGGGGGAGAGGUCCAGACAUUCCUGAAAAGGAUGGGCAAAAUGGAACACAGCUUUCUCAAGUCAGUCAUUACACAACUUGGAUGUUCUCAGCAAAGCCUAAUAUUCCUUUCAAUAAUGAUUACCACUUUGGAAUAUCCGGAAGCCGAGGCACAAGAGGCUCUCAAAUUGAUAGUCACAGUAGCACUAGCAACUAUCAUGACAGCUGGGAAACUCGAAGUAGCUAUCCUGAAAGAGACAGAUAUCCCGAAAGAGACAGCAGAGAUCAAGCAAGGGAUUCUUCUUUUGAGAGAAGACAUGGAGAGAGGGACCGUCGUGACAACAGAGAGAGAGCUCCUAUGUUCUACACCUCCUGCUGCCCCUAUCCUUUGCCACCAGUGUUCUCAGGUCCUGCUGGGGGGACAGAGAAGAUCAGAGAUCAAAGACCAAGCUCACCAAUUCGACAUCAGGGAAGGAAUGACGAGCUUGAGCGUGAUGAAAGAAGAGAGGAAAGAAGAGUAGACAGAGUGGAUGAUAGAAGAGAUGACAGGGCGCGAGAGAGAGAGCGGGAGAGAGAGCGGGACAGGGAGCGGGAGCGGGAGAGGGAGCGGGAACGGGAAAGAGAAAAGGAAAGAGAGCUCGAAAGAGAACGAGCGAGGGAACGGGAGAGGGAGAGGGAGCGAGAAAAAGAGAGAGAACGUGAAAGAGAUAGAGAGCGAGAACAUGAUAGAGAGAGGGAAAGGGAGAGGGAGCGAGAAAGGGAGAAAGAGCGGGAGCGGGAGCGAGAAGAAAGGGAGAGGGAAAGAGAGCGAGAACGGGAGCGAGAGAGAGAACGGGAAAGGGAGCGAGAGAGAGAGAGAGCUCGAGAAAGAGAAAAAGAACGAGAACGCCAGAGGGAUUGGGAAGACAAAGACAAGGGCCGAGAGGGCCGAGAGGAGCGCAGAGACAAGCGGGAAGAUGUCCGAGAAGAGAGGAAUCCCAGGGACGGCCAUGAGGAGAGAAAAUCAAAGAAGCGCUAUAGAAAUGAUGGCAGCCCCAGCCCUCGGCAGUCGCCUAAGCGUCGGCGUGAACAUUCUCCCGACAGUGACACCUACAACAGUGGUGAUGAGAAAAAUGAGAAACACAGACUCUUGAGCCAGGUUGUACGACCUCAGGAAUCACGUUCUCUCAGUCCAUCACACCUCACAGAAGACAGGCAAGGUAGAUGGAAAGAAGAGGAUCGCAGACCAGAAAGAAAAGAGAGUUCAAGGCGCUAUGAAGACCAGGAGCUCAAAGAGAAGGUUUCUUCUGUGGAUAAACAGAGAGAACAAGCAGAAGGCCUGGAAAGCUCAAGAACACGUACACAUACACAAGACGUUACAGGACAUCACCAGUCUGAGGAUCGAGAUAUAUCUGAUCGAGCUCAUGACGAAAAUAAGAAGAAAGCAAAAAUUCAGAAGAAACCUAUAAAGAGAAGGAAAGAAGAUGAUAUUGGAAUAGAGAGGGGUAACCUGGAGGCAACAUCUGAAGAUGGGCAAGUAUUUUCACCAAAGAAAGGUCAGAAGAAGAAAAGUAUUGAAAAAAAGCGCAAACGAUCCAAAGGUGACUCUGAUAUUUCUGAUGAAGAAGCAGCACAGCAAAGUAAGAAGAAAAGAGGCCCACGGACUCCCCCUAUAACUAUUAAGGAGGAAUUGGUUGAACUUUCCAGCGAAAAGAAUGGCAUCUUGGGAGAUCCUCAGAAGAAAGAAGAUACAGCGUUCAGUGACUGGUCUGAUGAGGAUGUUCCUGACCGAACAGAAAUGACAGAAACAGACCACAUUGCCACCACUACCACUCCUGGUGGUACCCCUUCUCCCCUAUCCUCUCUUCUUCCUCCUCCACCUCCUAUGGCUACUGCCACUGCUGUUGCUACUCCUACUCUUGCCACCACUGCUGCUGCUGCUACCACCUCUGCCACCAGCAUUUCCACCUCUGCCGGUACCACCAAUACCACUUUUGCCAAUGAAGAUUCACAUAGAAAAUGCCACAGAACACGAGUGGAAAAAUUCGAGACGUCUCAUGUUACUAUGGAAGACACACCACAUCGCAAGCCAAUAGACCAGAAGAGGAGUAGCAGCCUUGGGAGCAAUAGGAGUAAUCGCAGCCAUACGUCUGGCCGCAUGCGCUCACCAUCCAAUGACUCUGCCCAUCGAAGUGGGGAUGACCAAAGUGGUCGAAAAAGAGUGCUGCACAGUGGUUCAAGGGACAGAGAAAAAACAAAAAGCCUGGAAAUCACAGGAGAGAGAAAAUCCAGGAUUGAUCAGUUAAAGCGUGGAGAACCCAGUCGAAGUACUUCUUCAGAUCGCCAGGAUUCAAGAAGCCAUAGUUCAAGAAGAAGUUCUCCUGAGUCCGAUCGACAGGUCCACUCCAGAUCUGGGUCAUUUGAUAGCAGAGACAGGCUUCAAGAGCGAGAUCGAUAUGAGCAUGAUAGAGAGCGCGAGAGAGAGAGGAGAGAUACAAGGCAGAGAGAAUGGGAGCGAGAGACCGAGAAAGACUGGACACGGAACAGGGACAGAGAUCGAUUACGGGAGCGAGAAAGAGAACGAGACAAAAGGAGAGACUUGGACAGAGAAAGAGAGAGGCUAGUUGCUGAUCCCAUUGAAAGGGACAGGGACAGAGACAGAAAUUUUGAGAGUUCUUCUCAAAUAGAAUCUGUGAAACGCAGUGAAACAAAACUGGACAGUGAGCAUGAAAGAGACUUAGAAGGUGGUUCACGGGAGCCUGUAGCUUUGGAUAAAGAAAGAAUGGAUAAGGAUCUGGGAUCUGUGCAGGGAUUUGAAGAUGCGAGUAAAACUGAGAAAAUGGAGAGUGUGGAAGCAGGAGAAGAUGAAUCCAAGUUAGAUGAUGCACAUUCCUUAGGCUCUGGUGCUGGAGAAGGAUAUGAGCCAAUCAGUGACGAUGAACUGGAUGAAAUUCUGGCAGGUGAUGCAGAAAAGAGGGAAGAGCAGCAGGAUGAAGAGAAGAUGCCAGAUCCGUUAGAUGUCAUAGAUGUAGAUUGGUCUGGGCUUUUGCCAAAGCAUCCAAAAGAACCACGAGAGCCUGGGGCUGCACUUCUAAAAUUCACACCUGGGGCUGUGAUGUUAAGAGUUGGAAUUUCUAAAAAGUUGGCAGGUUCUGAACUCUUUACCAAAGUCAAAGAAACAUGUCAGAGACUUUUAGAAAAACCCAAAGAUGCAGACAACCUUUUUGAACAUGAACUGGGGGCUCUCAACAUGGCUGCAUUGUUACGAAAAGAAGAAAGAGCAAACCUUCUUAGUAAUCUUGGACCUUGCUGUAAAGCGCUCUGCUUCAGACGGGACUCAGCCAUCCGAAAGCAGCUAGUUAAAAAUGAGAAGGGUACUGUGAAACAAGCUUACACAAAUACUCCAAUGGUGGACAACGAAUUAUUGCGAUUAAGUCUUCGAUUAUUUAAGCGGAAAACAGCUUGCCAUGUGCCAGGACAUGAAAAAACUGAAGAUAAUAAACUGUCACAGUCCAGUAUCCAACAGGAACUGUGUGUAUCUUAAGACUGAAGUUCAACAUGGUAUUUUUGGUACUGUCUUCCUUCAGCAGUGCAUAUUACUUUUCAGAGUUCUUUGGUUUGACAGACAUGAUUGUGACAAAUGCAGAAAAGAUUGAUCAGCCAUACUACAAGAGGGAGGAAGAAAUCUGUUCUCUAGAGACACUAGUUUGGGCUAACUUAGGAUGUUGCAUCAGUUUUUACACAGUACUUGAUACUUACAAAAAGUAAUGUGAAAGCAUCUAGAUUCAGUGGUCUAUUCUGUACGUCAUGUUAAAACUGAAGAUUUUGGAAAAAGGUUGUCACUGCUCUUCCAGCCUGUGAAUGUUUUUUUAUGAAAUGGAGCCACUGAUACAUUCUGGAUCAUAUAUACAAAAACUGCAGUUUUAUUCAGAAACAAUGUAUUCAUCACAGUAAUUGCACAUAUUGUGCAACACCAUGUUGUACAAAACAUUUGAAAGGGAUACUGGGCCAGCAUGAUGUGUUUGUAGGCUAAUCUCCAGUAGGAGGGAGCCAAUAUAUUCUUUCUCUUCCGAAAGUUCUAAAAAUACGAUUUCAUUAGUCUUCGCCUUUUAAAAUAUGUGUGCACUGUUAAAAGUGUGUAUUGAAUGUGUUUGGAUCCCAAAUGUUUGUUAUCAGAGAUUAUACUAUUUUAUUUUUAAUAAAUGCACCUUCCCUUGUUCCAGAUUUGCCCCUUAUUCAUCUUAUUGCUGAUGUUCUAAAAUAUUAGUCAUCAACAUUACAUUUUUCAUACUUGAGGUAUUUUACAGCUCUCAUCCUUAUUACUGGACAGCUGUAAAGAGUCUAAAAUGCAUUGAAGAUGUACUUCAGGUGUAACUUCGUUACACUUGAAGCAAACCAAGAGAUAACAAGCCUGUGUAUUCUGAGGUUUAAAGCCAUUCCAUCAUAUUUUCCACAUUUAUAUUCUUUGAUUAUAUUAAACUGCCUCCAGCCUGUUUUGUGAAACAUUUACUUUUUGAAACUUCUACCUGCUUUUCUGUAUAUAUACAUGUUUAACUCAUGAAGUGACUAUAGAAGGACUAGAAAUGGACUGCAGUCUGCAGAGCUUUUUGACAGACAGUAGUGAUAAUAACAAUAAUAAGGAAAAUCAGCCCAAAUUAUAAUGUGAUCA